GGGUGGGGGGGCGGGUAGAAGGUAGGUGACAUCACAUCCUCUGAACAACCAGAUCAGGCAGGCCCCAGAGGCCAGCCCCGGGACAGGACGCGGCUGAGCGGCUCGUGGCCCCCCUCCCUGCGCGCUUCCAGCCCCAAGACCGCCCGUAGCAGUCAUGGCCCAGCCGGUGCCCGCCCUGCUGCUGCCGCUGGCCCUGCUGCUCCAUGCCCGCGCCACCUACCAGGAGCCCAGCGUGUUCGGGCUGCCCACGAGGCACAAGCAGACCAGCCUGGGCGGCACAGUGGAUCUCGAAUGCCAGGUGCUGCGCUCGGACACAUCGGGCGGCUGCACGUGGUUCUUCCAGCGCCCGAACUCCAACGUCGCCCCCACGUUCCUGGCAUACAUCUCCACCCACUCCUCCAAUGUCCAUCGUUCCGACAAGAUCAAGAACAUCUCGGCCCGUAAAGAUAAUAACAAGUUCAUCCUCACCCUGCAAAGCGUGCAAGCGGAGCAGCAGGGCUACUACUUCUGCAUGGUGUUAAUCAGCUCCGUCACGCACUUCAGCCCCUUCAUAGAGGUGCAGCUGCCAGAAAAGAAGACCACCACCACGCCCGCGCCGAUCCCACCCACGUCCGCACCCACAGUCCCGCCGCAGCCGCCGAGCGCGCGUCCAGACACUUGUGUGCCCACGGUGACCCGCGCAAGGCGAAAAGGCGGACUGGACUUCUCCUGUGACAUCUACAUCUGGGCGCCUCUGUCCGGGGUCUGCGUGGUUCUGCUCCUCUCGCUGGUCACCGUCCUGGCUUGCUGCCGCCGGAACCAACGGAGAGUUUGCAAAUGUCCCAGGCCCCAUGUCAGACUGGGAGGCAAGCCCAGCCCUUCAGAGAGAUCCGUCUAACAUGGCUACGAGCCCAUGCUUCGGCCACCUCAAGAUUUCAAAUGAAGAGCUCUCCUCUCGAGGGGCACAUCUGUCCUUCCCUUUGGUUCCCCCCACCCUUCCUUCCUCUACAUUCCUUUUCUUAUCAUUCCUGGCAUGGGUGGGAUGGGCAGGAUAACUUUUUCUGUGCUCUCUUUAAUUGACACAAGAUUAAAGAGCGUAGUCUGCAAAGCACACCACAGCAGUGCUUGCAAACUACUGGGGGGAAGAGGCCGGCAGUGCAGCCCAGGGCUGCGGUCUCAGAAUGCUGUCAGCACUGGAGGGGACUUCACCCAGCACCCACUCUGUGCAAACCUCUUCCCCGCCUUUUUAUUUUUUAAAUUUCCGGCUUUCGGGUCACACUGGAGAUGCUCAGAGUUUAGUCCCUGUUCUGUGCUCAGGGAUCACUUCUAAUACAGCUCAAGGGACCCUAUAGGUUGCCAGGGAUCUAAUUUGGGUCUGCCAUGUGCAAGGCAAAGCACCCUACCCACUGGACUAUUGCUUCAAACUUUUUCACACCCAUUUUGCAAAGGAAGCUACAGGCCAGGGACGGGGAGAGCUUGAUCAGGGUCCCGGUAAGUCUUAGGUGCUUCCUCCAUGCCACCCAGUCUGUCUCCUCUGGGGCACCUUGUCUCAACCCGCAAGGAACAGGGGAUUCCUGAAGACUUGUUUCUGGAUAGAGGAAGAAGACAAGAGAAUUCUGGGCUUUCACAGAAUUCUAGAAUGCGGUCGAAACCCAUCAGUUUUUCAUAAUCAACAUGAGAAUGAGGAUGGAAACAAUAGGAAUCACUCUACUGAAGUCACCUACUACAGACUUGGAUCCUGUCACUAAAGGAAAUCUCUGUAACAUCCCGAAAUGGAGUCAAAAUGGUCUCUCAGCACGUGGCCCUGCAGAGGGACCUGCGAAAGGGGACGCCCCCUUGCAGAGGUAGUUUGAGCAUCCAAGAAAACCUGAGCAGAAUCUCUAAACGUGAGAUGCCCUACCUGAAAAUGUCUGGAGGUGGGGGCGUAGGGGCGGGGGUUACAGGCUGUGAAGGCAGGGUUGUGAGAGACAGCAGGCAGCCUGUCCUCCCCCCACCAACCGAGAUCUGCGGGUGUAGCAGAGCAGACUCCCGUGAGGAGGCUCAGAACCCCGACAACUGCCGCAGUCACAGAAUUUUCUGUCCUAGGGUGUUGUACAGAAAUGCCUGCUCGUUGGGAAGGGCGACAAGUAUUUCCUCCCCUCAGGCAUAAUCUGUUGUGAAGAUUCUCGUGUACUUGCACUCUGAUUCUUUUCUGUGCAAUUAUGUAAAAUAAAUACUUGGGUUUUAAAAUGAG